UGUAAAUCGCGUCCUUGUAGGGGCGGGGAGGCUGUAGAGGUCUGUUAUUAAAAAAAAAAAUAAAUACAUGUUCUUGGCAUGUCUUUUCCGUCGUUCUCAGAAAUUAGACAGACCGUUUUAGCAGAAAAAAGGCUCCCUGAGUUAUUGUGCAGUUUUGUUUCGGGCUCUUCCUAUUUUUUCUUUGUGAAACGAUGCCUGCAGUGAGUAGUUUUACUAUCAGCUGCGAAGCGCUAAACGUAGACAAGACUUUUUCAGAGGGAGACACUAUAACUGGACAAGUGAUUCUGUCCUUAUCCAAGGAAACCAAAGCUAAGCGUCUGUUUGUGAAGGCUAAAGGGGACGCUAAUGUGCACUGGACCGAAAAGAGAGGCGACAAGACGUACACAUACUCUGCGCACCGGAGAUAUUUUAAACUGAAACAGUUUUUAAUCCCAGAAGACUCAGAGGAGACUGUUUUGCCAGAAGGGAACCAUGUCUACAACUUCAGUUUUAGGAUCCCAUCUGAAAACAUGCCAUCGUCUUUCAGAGGAACUCACGGAAAAAUUGUCUACAAACUGGAGGCCAAACUGUCCAGGAACUGGAGGAUAGAUUCCACUGCACAAAAGGAGUUCAAAUUUGUUUCCAAGUCGUUUUCCAACUUCAGGACCCUUUUAAAUGAGCAAACUGGUUCCACUGAGAAGAGGAUGGGGCUUUUCUCCAAAGAACAAGUGCAUUUAGAUGCCACUGUUAACAAGACGGCUUACACCCCAGGUGAAACCAUGCAUAUAUCUGCAAAAGUCGACAAUGCCUCCUCAAGAAACAUGACUCCCAAAUUUAGUUUGAUACGGACUUUUAAGUUUUUUGCCAAUGGAAAAUCCAAAAGUAUGAUGAAAACUGUUGAGAAAAUGGUUGAUAAGGUCAUUACACCUCACACCCAGCAAGAGGUGAAGUGUGCGCUGAAGAUUCCCACUGAUGAGAUGCCUUCAAUCUAGAACUGUGAUAUAAUCUCAGUGACAUACCAGUUAAAGGUGUAUCUGGACAUCAGCUUUGCCUUUGAUCCAGAGGUAGCCUUCCCAGUGGUUAUUGCUCAUCCUAUGUUUGGUGCUCAACUUAAUGGCUCCUUGGACCCUUACCCUGCUGGGGUUUAUGGUGGUCCAAUUAACAGCGACUUUCCUCCUCCUGUUGCACCUUAUCCUGCACCACCAUAUCCAGGUUCUCAUGGUUACCCAGAUGCCAAAAGUCCUGAUGGACCAACACCCACAUACCCUACUGACCCACAGGUCUAUAGUGGUCCACCAGGUGCAUAUCCUUACCAGCCACCACCCACCUUCAGGGCUCACACCAACCCAGUGCCCCUGGAGCCUUCUCCCUAUGGAUCUCCGUUUUCAUCGUCCUUUUCCGGACUUCAAUAUCCACCGCCUGUCCUUGCGUUCUCCAUGCCAACUUCGAGCCCUCCGAACCAGCCUGCAUUUGCCUCUGUGUCUCCUUCAGCUCCCUCUUUCAAUCUGAAUCCCUCUGCUCCUGAGAUGAAUGCAGACUUUCUGUCUCAGACAAAUGAUGCUCCUCCAGCAUACACAUUGCUCUUCCCAACUUCUACUCCAGGAAAAUCUGAAGAUAUAUAACCACAUAUUUUAGGCUUUGUUAAGUUGCUAAAAGAUUAAUAGUAACCAUAUAUUUAUAGUUAUAUAUUUUGUAUAUAUAUUUUGUAAAACAAAAAUAAACUUUGUGGGUCUCUUUUAUAAGACUGCUUUAAGCACUAUUAGAAACAUUAAUACUUGCACUAUAUCUAAAAGGAUUCUUUGCUGUGUCAUGUUACAGGUUAUGUCCGGUGAGUUUAAGUUGCAAUACUGUCUUUCUGUCUGGUGCUAAUAUAACUAAACUCAUUGCUUCAGGUUACACUCUGGAAAAAUGUCCUACAUAAUAUGUAAAGUGUCCUUCAUUCUUUGUAUGAAUUUAUGUGUGUUCGCUCUACUUCUAUAUGAGUCCUAAUUAAAACAUCUAUUUAUCAAUUUGCUAUAUUAAAAACAUAACUCCUAAA